CACCACCACACGAGUGCGAGUGUAGUGGAGUGUACAUUGUUCCUUCCUUUCGUGCUUUGCUCACUUGUUCGGGUUUCCUUGCUCCGACACCCUCUCCUUGUUUGCAAUCUCUCCUUGUUUCAAACCCGUCCACCACCACCGCCGCUUGAGGAUCUCUGCACGCUGCAGACCAGCUCAGACCACUUGUGUGGCGUGUGCGUAGCUUGCCGAUUUGUGACGCAAGCAAGUCUACACAAGCAGCAGACGCGCGUUCCACGCCCCUCUGGAGCAGCAAAGAUGCAGCCCAAGCUGCACCUGACAGCAGCGUUGCUGCUGCUUGUGGCACUGCUACUUUUGGCGUGCCCUACCAACACAGUCUCUGCAGAGUCGCUCUUCGAACAAGUCGCGGAUACAUCGUACACAUUUGAGGAGCAGCCUGGAUCUGACCGCGGCAAGACUGUCACCACCUUCGACACAAACUUCGAUGGGUUGCUGGACGUGGUGUCUUUGGACGGCGGCACUCCACCAAAGUUUUAUCUGUCCACUGCAACCACCAGCGGCCCUUUCUCCAACAGCGUGUUCAAUCCCAUGAUCAUGCCCCCUCCCUCCGACAUCAAAGCGGCAGACUUGGACGGCGAUGGCUCCACAACGGAGCUCGUCAUAGCAGAGCCGUUCAGCUCCUCGCUCAAUGGUGGCGGCGUGGAAAUCUACGUCAUGGACAUCUUUGGUCAAGUCAACAGUUCUCCCAAGUCUUCCAUUUCUGCCGUGGACUUGAGCCUUGGCACCAGCUCUGGCUUUGGCGCCGCCGUCGCCGUCACACGUGAUCUCGACGGCAAUGGCAUCUUGGAUCUGGUUGUGAGCGCGCCAACGUCCAAACAGGUCGUGCUGCUGUAUCUGAAAGAUGACCUUGGCGUGGUGGAUCACGCCUUCCUCUCAUCGGUUCCAACAAACCUCCAAGGCAUCGGCAGCAGCCUUGCCUACCUGUACAACGAUGGCAUGGACAUGAUCGCAUAUGCAGCAGGAGAUAUGCAAAGCAUGGAGCAAGCGUUUGUUCUCCACUUGUUCAAUACCACAUCAGAUCGCAACAUCGCGUCGGAGAAGGUGGACACCCUCUUGGCAAGCGACAUCACAGCCCGGGCGUCGCCAUCAGACAUGCUGGAUUUCAGUCUCAUUUCGCUGACGCUUCUCCCCGGGUACCUUGGCACAGGGAACGUGUUUCCAGACCUGCUGGUCGGCUGUGCUGCCUGUGUUGCUGUGGGUGGCGAAACAGGCGGUAUCCUGCAGCUGAAUCUCGACUGGGUCGAUGGCUCGCUGGUGCUUGUCCAAGUUGAGUUUGAGGUGGAAGCGUUUUCCUCCGGGUUCACAGAGGGCGGUGUAGAUCUUGAUUCGGUCAUCAUCUCAACCACGGGAUUUGACACCAGCCCAAAGUUUGCGUACGUCGUGCUCAGCAGCAACGACAACGGGCCGUACCGCCUCGCAAAACUGACAGUUCCUUUUUGUCCGGCUGGCACUCGCCGCGACGGCACAGCCUGUGCUGACUGCGUGAAUGGCGUCGAAUACCAAGACGAGGUGUUUCAAGUAGAAUGCAAACCGCUCACAGAUUGCGAUUUUGCGGAGCUUCUGCCGCCAACACCAACAACCGACCGCGUGUGCUCAGAAUGCACGGAUGAGCAGUUCUACAACCAGGCAUGCAUAUUCCCGUGCCGCAACAACAAGAGCCCAAACUCGCAGUACGCGUGCUCCUGCUCCAUUCAAGACUGCACCGACUGCCUCUCCAACCCAGAUGGCGCCUUCAACUCGAUUGGCUCAGUGUUGGUUGGUCGUGGCCGCCCAGAGUCAACACCUCUCGACUGCGGCCUUGCGUCAACGCCUGGCUCGUGCGCAGCGCAGUGCCGCAACGUGCCCUCCUGCAACGCAUUCUCGCACGCAGCAGAUACUGGCGAAUGCUGCUUCUUUGACAUGCAGAUGGAUCCGCUGAAUGUGGUGCUUUUGCAGCAACAGUCGUCCCGCAUUACAUACGUGCUGGAGACAUGCGUCACGUGCAUCCCAAGCACCGUCCUCUACGAUAACGAAUGCAUUGUCCCUGAUGUGCCGCCGCUGUUGUCCGUGUUCCCGAGUGAGCUUGUGAUUAGCUCCACAGCGCCGACAGAGACGCCCAUUGCCACCGUCUCCUCCCUCAUCGACCCAAACCUGCCAUCGGGUGAGGGCCCGCUGCUGUUCACUGUCCCAGCGGACUACGACGAUGCAAUCGCCGUCACUUCCUCCGCCGUUUUCCUCAAACGCCCCUGGAGCGGCAACGGCACAUUCGACAUCCACAUCACAGCCUCUGAUGGGCGAUCCACGUGUCGUGUACUGGAGCGAGGCGCCAUCCAAGAAACACCUGGCCCGUGCACGAACCAAACCACUCUCAGGAUUAUUGUGCCGUACUUUGAGGAAUGCGCGCCUCCCGUGAGUGUGACCAUUCCGACGUCAAAGAGGACCAAAGUUCCGUUUGCAUACCCAACCGUUGUUUCCGAUGCGAACGUCGGCAUCACAGCAUCUCCACCGCCCACGCACGAGUUCUCUGUUGGCACAACCGCUGUCACCUUCACUGUUGGCCCAUUUGACUACGGCGACAACAUCACCUGCUCAACCGACGUGAGGGUGGUGCGUGGGAUGGAGAUCUCGGUCGGCAGUUUGUCCACAUCCGCUGGCGGUUCAGCCGUCACCGUCUUCCUCAUCGAGAAUCUUUUUGGAGAUGCGCUGUCCGCAUUGGAGGAUCUGACGAUUCGCAGCAGCGACGCCGCAUUUCGCAUCAGCAUCACUUCUCUCCUCGGCGAACCAUUUGUGGUGUCGCCUCCUGAUGAUGAAGACUUCCCCUUUGCUGAGCUCCGUGUUGCCUUUGAUAUCCGCUUCUGCCCAAAGGGCGUGGCCUUCCCCGACAACCCCACAUACAGGGAUGUCAUCUCAGGUGUCAACCUCAAGUUUUCUAGCGACCGCGUGCCAGAUGUGACGCUUGAGCUUGCACAGCGGUCCAUCGACCUCCUCACAGGCUGUGUGCAUCUUGCUGGUGUGAGCGAACCCGUCACCCGCCGCUUCUUCUUCGACAACGCCUAUUUUGACGUCUCGGCACCGAGAGGCUUCCUUCCUUUUGGUUUUCCGUCGAAACUUGAGCUGGAGCCGCGCUCCCCAUCCUACGUCGCCUUUGUGCUCACCAACACCAUGGGCGAGCUGUCCUCUGACCUCCUCGCUGAAGCGCCCGUGACGCUUCAGGACCUUCAGCCGCCAGAGUUUCCCACGUGUCCAGAGGAGACGGUAGUCGUGUACGCGGCGCACGGCGCGACGUCUGCCAACGCCACAUGGCCGGACAUUGUGCCCACAGAUAAUGUGGGGAUUGUGUCGUCGUCCUCCACGCACGUCUCUGGCGAGUCGUUUGAUGUUGUCACCAGUCCGCAUCCGGUCAAAUACACCGCAUCGGACGGCACAUCCACCGGCACCUGCGAAUUCAACGUGGAUGUGCGAGUGCAAGAGCUGAGCAUUGAUGUUGAAACCGACAUUUCAGUUUCCCGUGCCGAUCGCACAUAUACACAAGCGCAGCGCAAGUCUGCCGACUACAACCUCCUCAAUGACCGACACGACCUCGACUUUGUGGGGGACGUGUCGCAGCACAACACGCUUCGCCUCGUGUUUGGCGACGCCUUGGGCCGCGCUAUCGUUGUGCAGGACACGGCCAAUACGACUGAGGUCAAGCUGCUGGUCGACGUGCGCUGGACAGCAACCGGCAACUUUAACGGCGGCGACGUCUCCCUCAAGACAGACAUGACCAAGCUGUCUGCAACCAUCUUCCGGGAGUCCAUUCCGGCGCUGCACGACGAAGAAGGAGAGGAUGAGAGUGAAGCGGAGGAAACCGAAGACAAAGAAGGAAAGGAGAAGGGUGGCGCAUUUGCGAUUUCAGGACCACAUGACCUCUCCUUCACCGUCCACUUCACACAGAUGGACUUUACGGACACAACGGGCGAGAUUCACGUUGUUGGCCAGGCCAUCAUUCCAUCAGAGAUGGCGUUUUCAAACAUCUCCAUCACCACCAUCUUCAUCAACGACUUGGUGUCCACCCUCCCGUCUGCCAACGUCACGUGGACAACGAAGACGGGCGCCUUUGUUGGGUUCCGCUAUCUGUAUGAUGCAGACGAGCCUGUUGAUGCCAACAAGUACGCCGUCACCUUCUUCGAUGCAGAUCCGCCCGUGUUCGUGUCGUGCCCAGCAGACAUGAGCGUGCCAAACGACGCUGGUCAAGGGUACGCCACCGUCUCCUGGCCCCCUGUCACGGCAACAGACAUGCAGUCGCAGGCAUCUGAGCCGUCUAGUCCAUACGUCAACAACACGGGCGUUUUCCCGGUCAUUUCGCCCUCGUCACCACCGCACCGCGUGGUGUACACAACGAGCGAUCUCUUUGGCAACACGGCCAUGUGCUCCUUCAGCGUGACGGUUGUGGAUGUGGAGGCGCCAAACGUGACGUGUAAGAGCAACCCCAUUGUUGUGCCGCUGGAGCCUGAUGAUCCUCUGGCGCACGUUCCUCUCGCAGAAAUCACCGGCAACGCCACCGACAACGUCCUUGCUGACAACUGGCUGGUGAAGGUGCAACCGCUCUCAAUCGCGGAUAUGCCCAUCGGAUCAUACGACAUUGUGACGGAGUUCAAGGAUGGCUACGACAACAGGAACAACUGCACCACAGUCCUGACUGUGAUUGACGUGACACCACCAACGGGCGCCUUCUGCCCGGCGCAGCUGCAGCCGCUCGGUCAAGACGCCAACACCAUGAGUGGUAGCGACAGCAAUGACACCAUUGUCGUGUACAAUCCCGAGGACGUCUACUAUCAAAUCAGCAUCCAGACGCACUUCAAGGACUUUUCGUUCAUGGACAAUGUUGGGAUUGACCAAGUGGUGUGGAGCGUGCCUGACACGGGUCUCUACCCACCUGGCCCAACCAACAUCACCGUGGUUGCCAACGACACGUCUGGCAACGAAUACCAGUGCGACUUUGUGCUGCUGCUGCCGUCCCCCACGCCGUCCACGCAGUCGCCGAGCGCGUCCCUGUCCAGGUCACAAGUCAGCUACAUUGGCGGUGGCGGCGGUGCGGGCGUGCUGCUGAUUCUCCUCAUUCUGUUCUUCGCCUAUCGCUUCUCCAUGCGCAAGCACCCGCAAGAUUGGGACGACAUCUUUGCGACGAUGGAGGCGUUUCGGCAGCGCAAAGCGUCCCAGGCGGGACCCGUUGAACCGCGCGAAAUUCGCCGCUCGCAGCUCAAGCUCAACGCAGAGCUGGGCAAGGGCGCGUUUGGCAUCGUGUACAAGGGCUUGUUGAACGACAUCCCUGGGGCGCCGGCGUAUCUCGUUGCUGUGAAAUCUCUUCACGACAACGCCACUGGCGCCGACCGACAGGAGCUGCUGGAGGAAGCAGCCGUCAUGGCGCAGUUCAUCCACCCCAACGUGGUUGCCCUCGUUGGCGUCGUCACGCUCGGAGAUCCACUCCUCGUCAUUCUUGAGUACAUGGAGAACGGCAGCCUGAAGGGAUAUCUGGAAUCACACGACACGCCCGCACACCGCAAGAUCCAAUUUAUUGCAGACUGCGCUUCUGGUCUCGCCCACAUCCACUCCAAAGGUUUCAUUCACCGUGAUGUCGCUGCCAGGAACGUCCUCAUCUCCUCUGACAUUUCCGCAAAGAUUGCCGACUUUGGUGAUGGCGGAGGCACUGGUGUCGGCGCCGCUGAUGACAACGGCGAUGAGAAGCGACACAAGAAGAUGAGCAACUUGUAUGUGGACGCGCUGGACUCUGUUGUUGGCCAGCACGACUCGGACAACGACAAUGUCAUGGUCACAGACUUCUGAUGCGACGUGACGUGAUGUUGGUGUGAUGUGACAGUGAUGUGUGCAAGUCAUGUGACAUGUAUGGUGUUUUGUGUUGUGAUGUGUCAUGAUGUUUACUGACUGCAAAGGGGCAUUGUUAUCACGAUGAGCACUUCUGCUCCUAUUCUGUUGCGUUGGCAUGCGACGCGUGAUUCGCCAUGGUGCGUGUGUGUGUGUGUGUGUGU